AUGACUCAUAUGACUAUUGAAUCUUUCCACGAGAUGUACAUGCUGUGGUGCCAGGGGGCUGCUGUGCCAGAAGAUGAGAUUGCAAGUUCCCGUUGCUUCCGUGAAGUAUAUGAAUCGACAUGGAAGGGCAAACUGCGGAUGCGCACAGUGUCACAGCAUGCACGGUGGCGAAGCUGUACACACAUUUUUGGGCAGGAUUUUGUUCAAGUGAUCCUGGAGAACGUGAAGCCGGCCCGAGGGCGCAAGCUGAAGGCUGAACUCCUUCCAGGGACAUUGGACUUCAAGAGCUAUGUGUCCCAGCUUGGGGUUGAAGUUGCAGGUUUAGUGAACACUUACCAUGAUGUGGCUGAUCCCAACCACUGUUGGCGCUUCAUUCGCCGCAGUGACCUUCCAGUCUAUGAUGAUGCCACUGAUGAGUCUUGGGUGCCUGUGGAAAUCCCAGGUGAAGACUACCCACACGAUGCUAGUGACUGUGUCCUGCUGGUGAAGCACCUGGUGAAUUCCCCAUCACUCUCACAAUCUCCCUUGGUUCUCCUUCCUGCUAGCUUCCAGAAAUUGCUCAAGAAGCCACUUGAAGCAUUACCACGAAAGCUGGUGGCAGAUCGUGCAAGAAAGGAGUUUCGCAAAACGGCUGAUCUUGUGGAGAAGGAACCCUGGUGGGAGAAGUUUGCACCGGGCCCUGUGAAGAAGGUCACUGUCAUGCAGGGCAACCAUGCUGAUGCAGUGCCCAAGAAAAGGGGACGCCCCAGAAAGAAACCUGAGCCUGUUGUGGGUGAGAAGCCUGAGGGUGAGAUUCUAAAUGAGCCAGCCAAGAAAGCCAAGACUUCCAGGGCUGCAGCUAUCAAGGCACAGGGUGAGGGUGAGAUCGUUUUUUGGGCCCUCCUCCAGGAAACGGGGCACUGUGGUGCCACCAGGAGGAAGAAGCCCACUGACACUGAGUCAGCAAAGUUGUUUGAUUCCCGCCGUGAGAAGUUCUACCAAUUGGCCCCAAGUACCCUUUGGCGAGAUGGCAAAGAAAGGGUCUACUGGAAGCUAUGUGUAGAACAUGAAUCGGCUGAGAAGGGGAUUGAAGAGUUCCUGAAAAAGGAAAAUGCUUGUCCUGAUGCCUCCUCCCAUGGUCCAGCGGCUUCCCGCGGUCGAGUGGCUGGCCGUGGAAAGGGAGGUGGAAAAUGCAAAGCAGCGAAGCCCAAUGCCAAGGAGCCUGGCAGGAAGCGUGCUCGUGGCAAG